GUUUUUUGUCAGAGACACCUAUAAAUUUCAUUAAAUUCUGCCAAAUUGUCGAUAUAUUAGUAAUAACUCGAUAUUAUUUAAAUUUAGCAUAUUAAACCAUGUUCAAGCUAAUAACGUGGUUCAAGUCCCGACCGAACAAAUUAGGCGUUAGAUGCUAUCAAAAUCGCCUGCCCACUGGCCGUGCCACACGCCCAUCUUGCGGGACGGACGGCAGGCGGAGCCGAUUCGGAUUCGUUGGAGGAGACAUUGGCGACCACAACAUGUGGCGACCCCGCCCCCGCGAGCUGCACAUCAAUCGGUUUCCCUGCGCCAAGACCGAGUCCAAGGCGGGGUCAAAGGUGGUGCAGGGCGAGGCCAAGUGGGCGGUGGACGAGGGGCCCACGCUGCGCUGGGGCAUUGCGCCCGUCAGUCUGAUGGCGGACGACUUUGCCGCCGCUCUGAGUGUCCUUCCGGAGCAGCACCACCGCAUCGUGUCCUGCGUGGCCGCCUACCAGUCGCACGCCCUCGCCUUCGCCGAUCGCCAUCACGUGGAGAACGUGUACACCAGCUUCGAGGAUCUGGCCAAGUGCCCGAAUGUCGACGUUGUGUACAUCUCGCCGCUGAAUCCGCAACACUCGGAACUGUGCCACCUGAUGUUGAAUCACGACAAGCACGUCCUGUGUGAGAAGCCGCUGUGCAUGACGGAGGAGCAGGUGACCAAGCUGCUGGAGAAGGCGCGGGCACGGGGUCUCUUCCUCAUGGAGGGAAUGUGGCCGAGAUGCGUGCCCGCCUAUCAUUACCUGCGGCACCAGAUCCUGCGGAAUCGUCUUGGAGAACUGAAGCAUGUCCACUGCACUCUGGGAUUGCCCGUUUCCCAGGGGAGACUCUCACUUUACGGCGGAGUCACUAGUGACUUUGGCGUCUACGGCAUGCAGCUGGCACUUUGGGUGUUUCGGGAGGUGCCCCGCUGCCUCAAGGUCAGUGGCAAGGUCAACGCGGACCACGUGGACGUGGCCGCCGAUAUCGAACUUUGUUUCACCCGCGGCAAGAGGGCCUUCAUCGAGGUCAGUUCGGAAAAGAAGCUUAGCAAUCAAGCCAUUAUCCAUGGCAAAGAUGGGUCCAUUAAAAUGAACAACUACUGGUGUCCCACACGUCUUAUCACCGAGGAGGUGGACUAUGAGUUCCCAUUACCGGGUGGAAAGCAGGUGCCACCCACCCACUACCACAAUCGACUGGGCAUGUGCUACGAGGCCGAGGAGGUGAGGAACUGCAUCCUGAAGGGCAGCAACGAAAGCGACGACUUCAGUCACAGUGAAAGCCUCCUGCUGGCCAAUCUAAUGGACACCAUCCACGCGGAACUGGGUGUGGGUGAAUUUGCCAUUCGCAAGCAGGUUCCCGAUCUGCAGCGACAGAUUGAGGAAGUCCAGGAUGUAGUGGCGGAUCCCGAGGAACUGGCCAGCGAGACGUGCCGCGUGUUGCAGGAUGUCAGCACUUGUGGAACUCUGGAACCCAACCAGAAAGAGAAGCCCGAUCAGCUCAGGCCCAAGGUCAUCGAAUCUCCCUAAAAGUGGAAAAUGUCAUAUGGCACUGUCACCAGUCUAUGUAUAAUUUGUUAAGAAGAAUAUAUAUAGGAUUAUAUAUGUUUUUAAAUAAAAUACAAAAGUAAUCACUAA